AUGGGAUUUCCCUUUGAUGAGCAGCUUCCAAAUGUAGGAAGAGUUGACGAGGAUUAUACAUUCACUAUGGCCAAUUCUACCUAUAAAUCAAGCAGUAACGGAGAAAUUACCUACCAAGUAUCAAACCUACCCAGUUGGCUAUCAUUCGAUUCUGGUUCAAGAACACUAACCGGUAAACCCAGUGAAUCAGAUGUUGGAGAAUUUGAUAUUACAAUCAAGGGCACUGAUCAAAGUGAUCAAUCAACCUUGUCCAAUAACUACACAAUGAUUGUGUCAAAUGACACGGGAUUACAUGUCAAUUCCGAUACUAGUGUAUUUCAACAAUUGGCCCAAUAUGGUAAUACUAAUGGAGACGACGGAUUAGUGGUUAAACCAGGAGACAAAAUCAGUUUAAAGUUUAGUAAAGACACAUUUGAAAGUUAUUCGUCAAGCCAACGUUCAAUCGUGGCGUACUACGGUAGAUCAGCUGAUCGGAGUUCAUUGCCAAACUGGAUUUCUUUUGAUGGCGAAGAAUUGACCUUUUCAGGUACCGUUCCUCAUGUUACUUCGGAAAAUGCUCCAUCGUUUGAAUAUGGAUUUAGCUUUAUCGCAAGUGAUUAUUACGGUUAUGCUGGUGCUUCAAGUGUUUUCAAAAUUAUCGUUGGUGGACAUCAAUUAGAAACAGAUUUGAACAGCACGGUCAAGAUUAAUGGUACUUUUGGACAAGAUGUUGACGAAGUGGUGCCCAUCACGUCCCAUGUUUACCUUGACGGACAAUUGAUUUCCAAGGAUAACAUAUCUGAAGUUGAUGCUGAUGACUUACCAUCUUAUUUGUCAUUUAAUGAUGCCGAUUAUACAAUUACUGGAAAUUUCCCAAACACUUCAACAUUUGAUAAUUUUUCAAUCACAGUCAGUGACACGUAUGGAAACACUGUUGAUUUACCUUAUUCAUUUAAUGCAAUAGGCUCCAUUUUUACAAUCAACUCACUAGAUGAUGUUAAUGCCACCAAAGGUGAAUGGUUCCAGUAUCAAAUAAUGAAUUCAAUCUUCACCAAUGCUAAUGAAACUGAAGUGAAUGUUAAUUUUGAUAAAUCCAACUGGCUUUCUUACCAUGACAGUAACAAAACAUUGAACGGAAUAACACCAAAAAGUUUUGACAGCUUAAAAGUCACAAUCGAAGGUAAAUUAGAUUCUGAAGAUGAGGAGAAAAGUUUCAGCAUAAAGGGGGUUAACGAACAUAUCACGUCCAGCUCAUCAAGCUCAACUUCAACUUCAACGUCAAUGUCUUCUGGAACAGCAGGGGCAGCAACAGCUUCUGCUACUGAUGAUUCAAGCAACAGUAAUUCCGCUUCGGGUGCAUCACACAACUCUAACAAGAACCGAGAUUUAGCCAUUGGACUUGGUGUUGGUAUUCCAGUAUUUGUCAUUUUAGUUGCUGCGUUUAUCAUAUUCUGUUGUUGCUACAAGAGAAGAAAUAGCAAACAAGAAUCAGAUGACGAAAAGGGAACAGUCACAUCAGCGACAACACAAGUGCCAGGUUCGACUUCAAGUGGUGGCAAAGCAGCCGCAGCUGCAGGUGCAGGCGCAGCAACGGGAGCUAUGUCAACUUUCCCUAUGGAUCCAAAGAAUGAGUCGCAAGUCAAUUUAAUGAAAUUGGAGGGAGUUUCUGCCAAUUCCUCAUCGUCAUCCUUAACCCACGUCGAUACAAAUGAAUCAUUUUAUGAUACUCAGGAACAACCAGUACUGAAAAGUUGGCGAGCAAACCUCGUCUCUGAUGAUAAAGCAGUUAUCACACCAGCAAAUUUGACAAGAAACAGUGACGCUUCAUUAUCGACCGUUAAUACCGAACAAUUGUUUUCCGUACGAUUAGUUGAAGACCAUUCACAACGUGACUCAGAAAUUUCGUCUGCAAAAAAUGCAUUCAUGAGUAAUAAUUCACUAAAUGCCUUACUUCAACGGGAUAAUUCGUCACAAAAUAUUCAACGUUUGGAUUCGGAUGGAAAUAUUGUCGAGUAUGACACAUUGGCUCCAACAUCAUCACCAGAACGAAUGCCAAAUAGAUUGCCUCACUCAACAUCACAAUUGGAUAUUGUCCCCGAGGAGAACUCUAGAGAUAUGUCAAAUAGAGAGGAUACUACGGGAUCAAUUGGCAAUUUGUUACAUAAAUUUGAUCGAUCAUCCUCGGGAUCCUCCUCUGAAGACAAUAAUGACAACUCAUCGCCCUCACCAUCGCCCUCACCAUCACCACAACCGCCUUUCACCAUGGGACAAUCGCAAUCACCUACAUUUUUAUUUGAAUUCAAUAAACCCGAAUUAAAAUCACCACAAUCGGAUAAUUUUCUUCUUAAUGACCCCCAACAAAUGACCAAUAACCAGAAUACCGCAAAUAACAGCUACUUAUCACCAACAUCAUCGCCUACUCGUCAAAGACAUUUACUUUCAACUCAAACGCAAAACAACAACCAAAACCCUCAUCAGUCAAUCCUCACCCUCGAUUCAAUAUCAUCAGAGAAGUUCAUUUACGAUGGUAGAUUGCGCCCUGUUGACAGUUUAUCACCGGUGAAGAAUUUAUGUACCAGAACCAGCUCCGGUUCGUUAUUAAGUGGUGGAAAUGCCACCGCCACUGGCAAUGAUCGUGAAAAUGGAGGUGCAACAUUGGUUGAUUUUACAAGAAAGGCAAGUUUGAGAGACUCGUCUUAUGAGCCCGACCAUACUCACCGUGAAGAGUCUGCCACUUUGCAUCAUGAUGAUAGUGAUUAG